AUGUCACGCACUACAGCGUCUGAUACUUCAUCGGCGUCGCGUUCGCAUGUAUUCCCAUUUCGCUCACGCACAGCGCCAGAACCAGCCACUCCUGAAUCCUCCUCCUCGCCAACUACCACCAACAACGGCAGCAGUAACUACCGUCAUCCUCGAACGCCCAAACCUAGGAAGCUGAACUCCCUAUUUCGAUUCAAUAAGGACGAAUCCGGAGACUACAAUCAAAGCCGGCAACCAAGCACUCCGACCGUUCAAGGUAAUCGUCGAGCACAGUCGAAUUCAUCGGUGAACGAAGACGAAGACGAAGAUGAUUACUCGGAUAGUGGGACAGUGCAGCCCGGUCCAGGCCGCUAUACUCUUCGGGUGAUCAACCCUGAUCCUGUGUCAUCUUCAGACGAAGAAGACGAGGAAGAACAAGAAAAAAGUGAUACGACCACGCAAGUGCCACCAACUUCCACACAAAACCAUCAUGUAACCCAGCAACAGCCAACACAACCUGUCGAGAAUGGGGGUGUAGCAACGUCAGCGACGCUAUUGCCACCAGCUCAAGACGACGAUCUCUCCUCUACAAAGCUGGAAAUCAGCCAACCUCUGCCGCCAAUACCACCAGCAUCACAACACGAUCGCCAUGUCAAAGCUAAAUCAUCCAUGCAGUUCGUUACUUCGUUCCUGUCUACUGCACCAUCACCAACCGCAUCGUCAUUGUCGUUGAACAGUAGCAAUCGCGGUAGUACUGCAGGUGCAGGAGGCUCUAUCAGCGAUUCAAAAAGCCAAACAGAGCUUGUUCGGAGGCAGUCAAAAACACUGCAUGAACAGGGUAAGGUCGAACUGCUUCCACCUUUGGACUUGCACCCUAUGGACUGGACGAUUCCAUCGGUUGAGACUCAACGCAAGUCAUAUCCACGGGUAGUUUUGGGUCCUGCGACGUUGGCUGAGGAGGUGAACGAAGAACAACAAGAGGACGAUAACAACAACAACAAUAACAGCAGCAGCAGCAAGGGUGUGCUUGAGGAAAGUGGAUUGCUCGUGGCUUCGCCUGCAACACUCACACCUCAAGCAACGCCCAUCGAGUCUGGAAGCCGCCGACACAGUGGCACGAGCACCAACAAAUUUAUGCCGCCGCCACCUCAGCCACUCUUUGCAGUAGCCAACAAUGACAGAACUUUCGGCUUAGCUCAUUUGCCUGAAAGCACUCGCAAACAGCCGUCGCCGAGUAUUAACGACAGCGGUAUUCUACCGUCCUCAAUGUUUGGUAAAAGAUCCAUAGCUACGACUGCCAACGAAAGUGUCCUGACCUCCACAAUGACACGUGCUCCCCAAUCAAAAUAUAGCAAAGCAUCGUAUAGCUUGACCAACAGCCGCGAAAACCUCAAGCUCUAUCGAGAAAUGGCUGAAAAAACGAAUAAUAAGGAAGUCCAGCUCAGCUACGCCAACUAUCUACUAGAAAUCGCGCAGCUCUACGAUACCAAGCAUAACAAUCAGCAGCAGCAGCAACAACAACAACAACAACAACAGCAGCAGCAAAAGGGACAUCAUCGUGGCGCAGCUUCCCUCAGUCUAAAUACGGGUCGACGUCAGAGUCGCGAUUCCUCUAUUUCGAUCGACGGUCGACUAAACGAUAUGAUGAAGCGUGGACGUGCUAGCCUGAAUGGUCCAAUCCGGAACAUCCGACCCAUUCUUUCUUUGGAUAGUGACAAUUCGAUGGACAAUAAGGAAAAGAAGCGAGUACUAGAAGAAGAAGGUGUGCGAUGGAUCAAGCGGCUAGCCAAAGAAGAUGUGGGCGAGGCAGCAUUUAUAUUGGCAACGUGGAUGGAUGAGGAAAAAUACGGAUGUCGACCAAACCCGAUGAAAUCGUUCAAACUCUAUGAAGUUGCUGCGCGUUCUGGAAAAGCUGAGGCCAUGUUUGCCGUUGCACGAUAUCACGAGCGGGAUGGGAAUCACACCGAAGCCCUAGCUAAUUACAAGGCUGCUGCAGAAAAGGGCCUAGUGGCCGCUGUUCAUCGACUGGCCCAAGUCCACCUCCAUGGCGAACUCUCUCAACGUCAAAACAUGAUUACUGGGUUAGCGGUCCUUGCGCAAGCGGCAGAAAACGCCAACGAAUCCUAUGCGGAGCCGAUAUGCGUGUUUGCACAAGUACUCGCCAAUAUAUAUACUCGUGCCGAUAUACCUGCAGAGCUAGUCCAGCCAUACGGCGGUGCUAAUGCAGCAAAGGAAUGGUUUGAACGCGGUGCAGAGCUAGGUCAUGCCAAAUGUCACAGUCAUCUAGGAAACCUGUAUGAACAUGGUCUGUUUGGCGUUCCAAUUGAUAUGCGUAAGAGCUUCCGCUACUAUGAAUUCGCAGCGCAACACGACGAGCCUGAAGGUAUGCUGGGCUUAAGUCGACUCUAUAACGCGGAUCGCCAUGGCCCUGAUGAUACGGACGAUCGAGCGGAACACGACGUAUCCCAGUGGUUAGCAGAACUCGGCCGUAACGAAGAUGCGUCAUACCAUUGGUGCUCAAAGGCAGCUGAGCACGGACUUGAUGAGGCCCUGUUUUUGCUAGGAUAUUAUAACGAAAUGGGAUUUGGUACACCGAGAGACUACAAUCGUGCACAAACAUACUAUCGACGUGCAGCUGCAAAAGGCCAUCAUGGUGCGUCCGAACGACUGCAGUCAAAUAGUUUCACAUCAAGGCAACAUGAAAGUGCCAGCGGGACUUCGCACCGUGGGCUACAAGAGGGUCGCAAAGAUCAAGCAUGCACGAUCAUGUAA